UCGGUUUCUCUCUCUUUUAUUUCUCUGUCUCUCAUAUCACAACCCUUCCUCUAUUAUACACAUUGUUUUCUACCUAUUAUUAUUAUUAUUAUUCAUGGAAUAAAUAUAUAUGUUCUCUCCUCACUCCUCUUGUGAACCUCAAUAAAUACUCUUAUCUCCCCCUCCUUUUCUCUCUCUCUCUCUCUCCGUCCUUCUCCCAUUAGUUUACUUACUCACUAUACCUUGAUCACACAGCUCAAGGAGAAUUUCAAGAGGUUCUCUUGCAAGUCUUAAUUUCCAUGAUCAUGGGAUACCAAAAGCCUGCAUGGUUGGAAGCUCUUUACACACAAAAGUUCUUUGUGGGGUGCUCUUACCAUGAGAACGCUAAAAAGAAUGAGAAGAACGUCUGCUGCUUAGAUUGUUGCACCAGUAUUUGCCCUCACUGCUUACCAUCUCAUCGCUUCCACAGACUGCUUCAGGUUCGCCGCUACGUUUACCAUGAUGUUGUUAGGCUUGAAGAUCUUCAGAAACUCAUAGAUUGCUCCAACGUUCAGGCUUAUACCAUCAAUAGUGCCAAGGUGGUGUUCAUCAAGAAGAGACCUCAAAACCGGCAAUUCAAAGGAUCAGGAAACUACUGCACCUCCUGUGAUAGAAGUCUUCAAGAGCCUUUCAUUCAUUGCUCUCUUGGAUGCAAGGUUGAUUUUGUGCUGAAACACUACAAGGAUCUGUCUCCAUACUUGAGGACAUGCAACUCCCUACAACUAAGUCCUGAUUUUCUGAUCCCACAAGAGACGGUGGAUGAAGAGGUGACUCGUUCAACGGUUGUGGAUUGUGAUGAGCCAAUGAGUUCGUGUUCAGGGUCAUCAGGGUCAGAGAACAACAUGAGCAUGUCUUGCACAGAGAUUGUAAGGAAGAGGAGGAGUGGAUGGAGCACUGUGUGUGCAAAAUUCAUGGCCAACAGCAAUAACAAAGUUUCUGAUGAAGACAUGGCCACCAGCAUGAGUAGAAGAAAAGGGAUCCCUCAUAGAUCCCCACUGUGUUAGCUGCACUGAUGAACCCAGAAAAAAAGAAGAACAAAAUAAUGAAUUUAUGAGUUUAGUACUUGUUAAAUUUUUAAUUUUUUUAAUCACUGUGAUGUGAUAUUUUGACUGAGGUGAAAUGUUCAAAGUUCUGUGUCUCUGUCUCUCGAAAUUGAAGAUUUUGUUUAAUUAAUGACUUGGUCGGGGGUUUUGUCUUAAUGGCAUCACGUGGUUCCCAAUUCCAAGUUAUGUCUGUACAUUGAUAAAAGAUAUUAUUAUUAUGAUCAUAAUAAUUGUGGUUAAAUCA